AUGGUAAAGGACACUAAACUAUAUGAUAUCUUGGAAAAUCCAAAUACUGCUGAUAAAUUUAAAGAAAUUGGACACGCAUUUGAAAUUCUUUCAGAUAGAGAAAAACGAGAUAUUUACGACCAACUUGGAGAAGAAGGUUUAGCAAAUGAUGGAGGAAUGGGCGGAAUGUCAGCCGAAGACCUUUUCUCAAGUUUCUUUGGCGGUAAUGUAUUUGGAGGUGGUAGAUCACGACAAGGUCCACGAAAAGGCAAGAAUUUAAAACAUGUACUUAAGGUGUCUUUAGAAGAUUUAUAUCUUGGAAAGACUUCUAAAUUAUCUCUGAACAAGAAUGUGAUUUGUUCAAAAUGUGAGGGUAGGGGUGGAAAAGAAGGUGCAGUCAAAAAAUGUUCAAAUUGUAAUGGUACUGGAGUAAGAGUUCUCCUCAGAACCUUGGGUCCUAUGGUACAGCAAAUUCAACAACCCUGUGAUACAUGUGGAGGCGAAGGUGAAAUUAUUAAAGACAAAGACAAGUGUAAAAAUUGUUCAGGUAAAAAAAUUGUUAGUGAACGUAAGGUACUUGAGGUUCAUAUCGAUAAAGGUAUGAAAAAUGGUCAGGAAAUCACAUUCGCUGGUGAGGCUGAUCAAAGUCCUGGCGUCGAACCUGGCGAUGUGAUAAUUCAAAUCGAAGAAAAAUCCCAUGACCGAUUCCAACGCCGUGGAAAUGAUUUAUAUUAUACAGCCAAGAUAAACCUUUUAACAGCGUUGGCAGGUGGCCAAUUCGCAAUUAAACAUCUUGAUGAAAGAUAUUUAGUGGUUAAUAUUGAACCUGGUGAAGUUAUAAAACCUGGACAAUUGAAAGCUAUUCGUCAUCAUGGAAUGCCAUCACAACGUUUCCAUGAGCCUGGUACACUCUAUAUACAAUUUGAUAUAGAAUUCCCACCUUCCAAUUGGGUUGAUAAACAAGUUAUCAUGUCACUCGAGAAGAUUUUACCUCCACGGCCAGAAUUAGAUACUCCUCCGGAUGCUAUGAUAGAAGAUGUUGAAUUAACAACAAUGAAUGACGACGAACAGCGACGUUCGGCAUCAAAUCAUAUGGCUAAUGGGGAAGAUGAAGACGAAGGUCAUGGCCCAAGUGUACAAUGUGCUCAACAAUAA